AUGGACACAAAUCUUGGUUCCUUCAAGGUCCCACCAGCUUCUCUCCCUGUAUUCCCAGUUCUCUUCAUCAUGGUUCUUGCCCCCAUGUACGACCACGCCAUCCUCCCAUUCGCAAGAAAAAUAACCAGAACCGAAACCGAAAUCACGCAUUUACAAAGAAUUGGAACAGGGUUGGUUCUUUCCAUAGUGGCCAUGGCAGUUGCCGCGUUAGUCGAAACAAAGAGAAAGAAAACGGCGUUGAUUCAUGGUCUAACGGAUUCAACGGAGCCUCUUCCCAUAAUGUUCUUGUGGGUGGUGUUACAGUACUUGUUUCUUGGCUCUGUUGAUCUUUUCACUCUUGCUGGGAUGAUGGAGUUCUUCUUCACUGAAGCGCCAUGGAGCAUGAGGUCUAUUGCAACCGCCCUUUCUUGGGCUUCUCUUGCCAUGGGAUAUUACUCCAGCACUGUUCUUGAGUCGGCGAUGAUGGAUGUUGACUCCUCAGUAGACGGAUCCGCCAUAACCCUCCUCCUCCUUUUCCUUCUUGACGCUGUCGAGCCCACACCCAUCCUCCUCACACACCGUCUUCCUGCAAAUACACUCACAGACGCCCUCCCCUCGCCCACUUUCACGCCGUUGCUCAUCCACACACACCCUUACACCGACACAGAAAAGAGAGGGGUGUCAUUGCUGAUUCAUUUCCAUUGCUGCCAGCUGCGCCGUCGCGGAGGAGCUUCUCUGUCGCCGCGAGCUGCAACCACCACCGUGAAGUCCGUCGCCAUGGCUGCAGCUGUUCGCGCCAUCGUCCUCGCCGAAGGGAGCUAG